GAGAUGAUGAACUUCUCAAGAGGGUGAAGUAUGGCCUGAUUGCAACCUUGGUGGUUCCCGAUGUGCUUGGGAAACUUCUACAACCAGCUGAGCCUCAAGGUGACGAUGGUGGCGGUGUUGGGCCUAUCGUGGAAGAGGACCCGCUGCUUGAUGACGCGGACUUCGCGGACGAUGAAGGGGAGCUGGUCACUGAAGCCGAAAAGGCUCGGAGAAAAAAGGAAGAGGCAAAGUGGGAAGCUUUGGUCGCCAAGGAGAAGAUUGAGGACGUGAAGAUGGUGGAGGUACCAUUCUUUAUGCCUCUGAGCUCAAAGGCUGCCCCUGAGGUACUUGCGGCCACCAAGGAGAUUCUUCUUCAAGUUCGGCGACUUGGCUUGGUGGUGAAGCGGGUCCAUACCGAUUGUGGUCGCGAGUUUGUGAACAAGUCGUUUCGGGCGAUGUGUGCGGAUCGCGGCUUCAUUCGCACCACCACUGGCGGUGACAACUUUCGCUCCAAUGGUCGGGUGGAAGCUUUGGUGGGGAGAGCAAAGAAUGCGGUGAGGACGCUGCUGAGUGCUUCUGGGCUGGGGUCGAGUUCUUGGUCGUUUGCUAUGCGGCACUACGUGGCCCGGAUUCAGGAGGCGGUGGUCACUCAGCUAGGUGGGCGUUAUCCUCGUCUACCACCUUUUGGCACCAAAGUCUUUGUGAAGAAAAGGACGUGGAAGAUGCUAAAGGAGGACUUCGUCGAGAAGGUGGUGUCGGCUCGGAUAUUGUGCCCCUCGGCGGACGUGGCCAGAGGCUUUCUGGUCAAGACAGAGGAGGGCGGCUACCUCACCACGAUGGUCGCGGUGGAGAAUGUGAAGGAGGUGUCGGGUGAGUUCGAAGUGGAUGCCGCUCCAGCUCCUGGAGCACUACCCGGUGCUCGGCACCGCGUUCGCGGAAAGACAACCAUGGCUAUCGCCAAGUGCAAGGAGGAGAAGUUGUGCAAAUUGGAUCCCCAGCAGGAGGAGCACAUUAUCCAGGAUGAGCUGCGGGCCGAGGCCUUUCUUGAAGCGGGCGACUUCUCUCCCGCCGCCGUAGAGGAGCUCUUGGAGAGUCUGUGGCUGGGUGACACUGUCGUCCCCAAUCGUCGGGGCAAGCCGUUUGAGAACUACUCCAAGGUGUCGGCGCAUGUGACAGGGAUGUUUCGGCAUGGUGGGGUGGUGGGUGCUACAACUUUUGUGCGACUACGUCCGGCUCUCACCAAGGUGUUGGUGGAAAUCAUGAAAGCGCAGCUCCCUGCAGGAACUACAUUCACCACCUUGGCGAUCAACUUCAACGUGCCCAUGCAGUGUCACCGAGACAGCAAUAACAAACCGGGAGCGAAGGCCUACAUUAUGGGUUUGGGCAACUACGUUGGUGGAGGCCUUUGGUGCCACGUGGAGGCAACAGAGGUGGACAAGGUGUUCUGGAAGAAGUUUCAGGGCAAAUGGUUGCCAGGCCGUGUUCACAACAUCUACCACAACCUCGACGCCGCAUUGCGAUCAGCGCGUACACGGUCAACUGCGCUGAGAAUUGCUCCGACGGCAAUCGUGAUCUACUACAAGCGCUGGGUUUUCCUCUUCCACCAGCGUUGGUUCGGGCAAGACCCGAAGGGGGAGGAGCUGUGGAACGGAAUCAAGGUGCAACGAAAAGUUUGCUUCGCCCCAGAGGAGCUUUGCGGUCUAUGUGCGCUACGUUUUCUUCGUCGUGUGGAGGUGGCCAUGAUAGCUCGGUUCCGGGGGAGCAGCAGACCUCGGAAUCUCCUCAAGUUGCUGGCGGUGAAGGAGUUUUACAUAGGCGAUCAGGUGUCGGAGCAGGGUGAGUCAAUGUGUGGUGAGGACCGUGAUGUUUGGUUCCAUGAAACUUGGGGCGCCUAUGGACCUCCAGAGGUAGCUAUGCUAAAAGCAGUUGCGGCUGUUGACGAUGAGGAGUACCAGAUCGUUGGGUCGGAGAUUCCUCUGGAGGUCGGCUGGGACUUGUUUGGGGGCUGUCUAGAUGAACUUCGGAUGGCUUUGGUAUGUGAAGAGUAUGAGGAGCGAGAUCAUCUUCUUCGCCAAAGCGAGGAUGGCGAGGUGGCUACUGAGUCUUUACAGCGGUGGGUUGAUGAUCGUUCUCGCUUGGAGAGUGUCCUCAAGGAGUACCAGAAGGCGGAGGAGACUGAGGAGGCCGAGGGCAUUCGAAUGCUCGACGGUCCGAAGGGUGAGGAGGAAUCUCCUCUUCACACCAAAACCAUUCCCAAUGAGGUUGUGCGGAAGGAGUUGUCCCGAUGGGUUCCUAGCAUGCUCGCCGAGUACGAGGCUUUGAUCCGGGAGAACGAUGCCGUUGAACCGUUUCCGGAGGAGACUUUGGAACAAUGGCGAAAGGAGGGCAAGGAGUUCGACUUGGUGCCGGGCAAGACGGUGCACACCAUCAAGGCCUUCACGGGACGCCUAAAAACGAGGGCGGUUAUCUGUGGCAACUUUUUGGGGCAGUGCUUCACCAAGGCGCAAAAGUACGCGGCCGGGUUGAUUCGGCUGCUCCUACGAGAAGUUGCUUUACGGAAGUGGCGCGUGUGCGUGAUUGAUGUUCGAACGGCCUUCCUGCUGGCCCCACUGCUUUUCCAG